CUCCCAGGCGUCCCCGCAAGGUCGCUUUGCCCAGCGGGAGCGCGCCCAAGUGACUAGACCCAGAUCCGGGGACGCGCUGUCUCCUUCUGCCUGCGUACCAGCGGUGACAUGACAGGGUACACGCCAGACGAGAAACUGCGGCUGCAGCAGCUGCGAGAAUUGAGACGGCGAUGGCUGAAGGACCAGGAGCUGAGUCCCCGGGAGCCGGUGCUGCCCCCUCAGAGGGUGUGGCCUAUGGAGAGAUUCUGGAAUAAGUUUCUUCAAGACCAGGCCCCGUGGAAGAACCUGAUCUAUAAGACAUACCGACACAGUGUCCUUGUUUUUACUCAUGUACUUAUACCUGCCUGGAUUAUUCAUUAUUAUCUCAAAUAUCAUGUGACUACAAAACCAUAUGCCAUUGUUGAAAGGAAGCCCAGAAUAUUCCCAGGUGAUACAAUUCUGGAGACUGGAGAAGUAAUUCCACCAAUGAAAGAAUUUCCUGAUCAACAUCAUUAAAGGUUAAUUUAAAAUUUCAGAGGCAUAUGAGCCCAAGUUUUGUUGCUACAUUACCAUAUUUACUGAAUAUAUUUUCUGGAAAAGUAACUUGAAUAAAGUGUACUCUCGGGUA